AUGGAGUCAGAUCUAAUAGAGAAGCUCCAGAAAUUCGAUCUAUCAACCAAAGAAGACAACGGAGUAACAUUAUCAAAUGAUGACAUAUCCCCAGGUAUCCAAGAAUGUUCACGCAGCUUAAUUGGAAAAAUUCAUGGAAUCAAAAGAGCAAACUUUAAUGGGCUCAAAGAAACGCUGUGCAAUAUCUGGAGGACCCAGCAGCCGUUCUCAAUUCGGCUUGUAGGAUACAAUCUUUUCCAAUUUGUCUUCCAAUCUGAAGAAGACAAAAACAAGAUUUUCUUGGGCAAAACCUGGAGUUUCGAUGGUCAAUACAUAAUCCUCAAGGAAUGGUCAACGAAUAGCAUCAACUGGGAAGAAGAAGCAAAGGUUGAUCUCUGGGUUCAAAUCCAUGGCCUCCCCCUUCAUUGGAUCACCGAGGACACGGGGCUCAAAAUAGGCAAACUAUUCGCAAAUGUUAAAGAUGUUUUCGUCCCUGAUUUUUGCAGCAUCACUGUUGCGGGGCUGGCCGUGCGUCGCGGGCUGGUAGCGGCUCCAGGAGGCGCACAUCGCGGCAGGUCCAGCUGCUCACAGCGGCUUUGCAGCGGUCCUGGCUCGUUGGGUCGGCGGUCUGGCGGGUCGGGCUCGUUGUGGAUUGAUCUCUGGGGUUGA